AGACAGACCAUGACCAAGUUCUGUCAAGAGCAUUUGGCUCCGAAGGCCCAACAGAUUGACCAGGAAAAUGAAUUCAAAGGCAUGCGGGAGUUUUGGAAGAAACUGGGGGAACUUGGAGUUCUGGGGAUCACAGCUCCUGUGGAAUACGGUGGAUCUGCUUUGGGCUAUCUGGACCACGUGCUGGUGAUGGAGGAAAUUUCUCGUGCCUCAGCAGCUGUUGGGCUUAGUUACGGUGCCCACUCCAACCUUUGUAUCAACCAGCUGGUGCGGAACGGCAACGAGGCCCAGAAGAACAAGUAUUUGCCCAAGCUAAUCAGCGGGGAGCACGUUGGAGCCUUAGCAAUGAGCGAACCCAACGCCGGAUCCGAUGUUGUGUCCAUGAAGCUGAGAGCAGAUAAGAAAGGAGACUACUUUGUUUUGAAUGGGAACAAAUUUUGGAUCACCAACGGGCCAGAUGCAGAUGUUCUCAUCGUUUAUGCCAAAACUGACGUCAGCGCUGUUCCAGCCUCCCGAGGUAUCACCGCGUUCAUUGUGGAGAGGGGAAUGCCAGGUUUCAGCACAUCCCAGAAGCUGGAUAAGCUGGGAAUGAGAGGGUCUAACACCUGUGAGCUGGUCUUUGAAGACUGCAAGGUCCCGGCUGAAAAUGUCUUGGGGACAGUGAGCAAAGGAGUCUACGUUCUGAUGAGUGGAUUGGACCUGGAGAGACUCGUGCUGUCUGGUGGGCCCCUGGGGCUCAUGCAAGCUGUUCUUGACCACGCAAUUCCUUACCUACAUGCAAGAGAAGCCUUUGGACAGAAAAUUGGCCACUUCCAGCUCAUGCAGGGCAAGAUGGCUGAUAUGUACACGCGGCUGACGGCGUGUCGGCAGUACGUCUACAACGUGGCGAAGGCGUGUGACCAGGGCCACUUCAAUGCCAAGGACUGCGCCGGGGUGAUCCUGUACUCGGCAGAAUGUGCCACGCAGGUGGCUCUGGAUGGGAUUCAGUGCCUGGGAGGGAACGGUUACAUCAACGACUACCCGAUGGGGCGUUUCCUGCGCGACGCCAAGCUCUACGAGAUCGGGGCCGGCACCAGCGAGGUGCGCAGGCUCGUCAUCGGCAGGGCCUUCAACGCCGCUUUCAAGUGACCUGAGCACCACGAGGCCUUUGACCAUGGAGGCUGGAGCGCACAACUCUCUCAUUUUCUUCCUGCUUGUGAACUUGGAUCGC